AUGGGUCGCAUAACCCAGCUGACAGGUUAUGAGUACCGCCCAAGGGGCCAAAGCCGUGGGCUCCGUGGUCUCUGCCUUCUCCGUGCUCUCUGCCGCUUGGCCUCUCCCUAUGGAGCCCUGCCCCCCAGUUGUCUGGGAGACCCUACCUUGAACCUUCAGUAUGCCUGCUCCCAGACCCAGCUGGCCCAGGCAGGGACCCCAGAGGAGGAUGGAUUCUUCAACCUGCUAAGCCACGUCCAGGGUGCUCGGAUGGAGGAGCAGCGCUGCCCCCUGCAGACUGAGCCAGGCCAGGGGCCUCCCAACAAGAGUAGCCGAAGCCGUAGCCCCAGCCCUAGCCCCAUUGCUCCUCCGGAGAUGGAUAACCUGAUGGACAUGGUGGCCCACACCCAGGGACGUCGUAUGGAUGACCAACGUGUCAGCAUCAACUACCUGCCUGGUUUCCAGUCUGUGGCCCCUAAGGAUGGGGUACAGCAAGGAGCUGGGAAUCGCAGCCACCAUCCCCUACUGGUUCCUCAAGACCCGUCUGCCCUCAGCUUCCGAAGGAAUAGCAGCCCCCAUCCCCAAACCACUGGCCCCUGA